AUGCAUCGCCCGGCUGGCACUGUGCAGAAGUCCUCCAAGGCGCGCACGAAUCGCCGGACCAAGCCCAAUAACGAGCCGCGUCUCGAGGUUGUUCUAAUUGAAGGCGUCCAUGGCUUGGGUGGAGCUGGUGCGCGGGUACAAGUGCGCCGUGGCUAUGGCCGUAACUUCCUCAUUCCCCAAGGCAAGGCUGCCUAUGCCACCCCAGCCAACCUCAAGCAGUACUUCAACCCGGCAGCCGCCACAAAGGCCAUGUCCCAGCGCUCAGACCUGACACAACAAAAGAUUGUCAAGCAUCUGGAAACCAAGCACCUGGUCUUUCGUAAAGCGCAGAGCAAGCCUUUCCAGAUUACACCUCAAGACAUUUCACAGGCCCUCGAAACACAGAUGUGGAUGCAGGUCCCUGUUGAGCGCAUCGAAAUGGAAAACUUGGCAGCCUUUGGUCCACACCACGUCACAGUUGUCCCUGAGAGCUUGAGUUGUGUGUGUGUGUGUGUGUGCGCGCGCGCGCCAAGACCUCGAGUGGACAGUAGCGAAGCCGCACAUACCUCACACAACAUAAACGCUUGUGACAUCGUUGACUUUUUUUUUUUUUUGCUCUCUCUUAAUCUCUCUCUCUCAAACCAAAUCAUCUCUCUCCAAUUCAUCUCUCUCUCUCUCUCACACACACACACACGCAUGCACUUUGCUUGUCAUGCAUUUGUGCCUGACAACGAUCUUUCUCUCUCACAAGUGGAUGCAUGCACACCUUGCCUCACGACGUCGGACGCGGCAGCCGUCGCUGGUCAAGGGAUGCCGGUCAUCUGCCUGUCAUGUGGUGUGGAGCACAACCUGACGGCUCUCUUGCGGGAACACUCGGCCAUUCUGGCGCCCAACUUUAUUCUUGAGCGCGUGACUGCGAACCACAGGCGCAUUCAGCAUCCCCGGCCCGCCGUCACCCAUUUCCAUGGCGUCUUUCAAGCGUGCCUUGACGCUUCAAGAUCAGCUCUUGGCUCACAACAACCAGAGGUAUCAUCCAUUUGGCUUGCUCUUGGUCUUUACCCCCAAAACGCCCAUCUGCCAAGAUUUUCAUCCUCACGUCGCUCCCAUGGCAGCACGCUGCCACUGCACUCGGAUGUAAACAGUCAUCGUCGUCGUGCAGGCCUCAGUGCCGCGCAAAACACGUGCAUUAUGCGGCUGCUCGUCGACUCACGCUACUAUACACAAGCUGGCGAGGACAUGGCCGCAGUGGCCAGUGAUGUUAUUGCUGUUGUCGCCUACGCCGACGCAAACAUGCGCCGCCAGCAAUUCAAGGAGUACUCCAACAUUGGACUGGCUGUGGGGGGGCUCGUAAUUUUUGAUGACCCGAGCACCGACCCGUUCUACAAGCCUGAGACGUGGGACGUGUCUUUUCUACUGCAAAUUGUGUCCACUUAUGACCACAGCGAUGUCUGCUUGGCCCACCUGUUUACCCACCAAGAUUUUGACGACGGCGUCCAAGGCCUCGCUUUUGUAGGCAGCAGUGGUGGCACAGGUAUAUGUGCCGGGUACCAAAGCCAACCGGACCGCUGGCUGAAUGUGGGUCUAACAAGCAGCCUCAACUGGGGUCAGCCGGUCCUGCGAGCUACCAUGAUGCUGACCUUUCAGCAUGAAGUCGGCCAUAAUUUUGGUAGCAGUCAUGACCCUGAGACAAAUGAGUGCAUGCCUACAAAGCUCAGUGUGGUGCCUGUGCCUGUCCAACGCAAUGCUGGGAGCAGGGCGGCAACUGCUUUCAACCUCUUCCUCGGGCUAUUUGCGGUAACCGCGUUUUGGAGCCUGAUGGACCAACUGACGAGCGGCGCCACUUGCAGCGACAUGAAUAAUGGUUGCUGUAACAGCUGUCAAGUUGCUGCCUCCAGCUUCAAGUGUUUUGACGCUUUGAACCUGGACAUAUACUGCCGGAAUGACAGCUACUGCAAUGGCAUCUCGCCGGAUUGCCCGGAAGCCCCACAAGUAAAGACCCCGUGCCUGCAGCCCCCCGUCACCGAUAGACUAGACGCCGAGCAGGUGUACGCUGAGCGCACCCAUUCCGGAACUGGAACGACAGCCUCCAAGUGCUUUCCUGAGGUGCUCAACCAAGCCCCAUUCACAGAUGGUGGUGCUGAUUUCUCGGUCGAGGCCUUACGCCGCUAUCCCGGUUCCCCCUGUGACCAAGGGACAUGCUCUGAUGAAGGACAAUGUGUCGACAGCAGCGAUGAUUCAGGAGAUUCCUUCACCAACUUGGUAGAGAGCAUUUCACUGGCUGACUUUCAGCGCUGGGUAGAAGAGUACACCGUUAUCUUUACAUUCGUGAUCGUUUUCGUCGUUUGGUUCCCUGUGGCAUAUUGCCUUGCGCGUCGGGAUGCACGAGAACUAGCCGAGUUGCAAGCAAAAUCGCAAUACAUUGCCAAUCAACUUGAGCUCCGUCGGCGUCGCAACACUAUCGCAUGGAAGCCAGAUGUAGAAGCCCAGCCCUGGCAGCGUAAUCAAGUCACGCCUGUGCCCUCCACACAGGAUGUCCGUGACGUUGACGCUUACACACAGUCGUCUUAUGAUGGCCCAUCGCUGACAGUCCCAACACACGGGCAAAGUUACUACCCUCUGGAUGAAGACCUUGAUGCUCCCAUUCCUACAAACAUGGCCCCGCCGACGGUCUUGCCAGGCCGCAUGCGUUACUCUGAUGCCUCCCUGGCAACCGGCCACCAGCAAGGUGGCCCGGUCUAUUCCGAAACCUAUGUGUGA